AUGUCCAAGGACGAUCGCCAAGAGGAAAUCCCCUCCAGCGCAACAGCAGCCAAGGACGCUAACAAGAUGCCUCUCCCGCUGCCAGCGCCCGAGCAAGACAGCGCCGCCGCCGCCGCCGCCGACAAGGGCGAUGGCGUGACGUCGCUGCGUGUGGGCGAGUCAGUCCGGCUUGACGCCAUAGGUCCGCUCGUCGUUAACACGGACGGGACAAUGGGGAGGAUUGGCAAUUGGACGGGCAUGACGGAGGGUGAGAAGGCGCAGACGCUCAAGUUGUUGGGGAGGAGGAAUAAGCAGAGGUUGGAUGCUAUCAAGGCUAAGAGGGCGGAAGAUGAACAGAAGUAA